AUGGUAUCCGCCCUCCUGGAGUUUGACUUCUUUCCCUCAGACUCGUCCUUGAGUGAUGUACCAAGCGACGUGAGUUCAAUCUUAGGGGAUGGAGAUGUUCCUGUGUUAUCUCGUCAGGGCUUUUCAGGAGAGAUCCAGUGUCCCACACCUUCUGAGUCGGAGCCUGUGACGCCAGUCAAAAACCCUUUAAUCAGACCUCUCAGUCAUCCUGGUCCGACAAAUCGUGUGCAAGUCCCUAAGGUAUCUCCGUAUUUCCCAGGGCAGCCAAAUCAACCUGAGUCCUGCCUUCCGUUCCCACCUAUUUCUGCCUCUUCUUUUGGUCUGAUCCAAGAGCAACUAGCGCAUGACCCUUUUCGCCUGCUCGUCGCUACGAUUUUUCUCAACAGGACUCGUGGCGGAGUAGCGAUUCCCGUCCUCUUCAAAGUGUUCGAGAGGUAUCCCACCAUCGAAUCUAUGGCCGAUGCAGACUUGACAGACUUGGUCGCCAUGAUCAAUUGCCUGGGUUUUCAAAACCAACGUGCAAAGAAAUGCAUUGCACUGGCACAGACUUGGCUUGCAGCGCCUCCAACGAAAGGGCGGCGUUACCGCAAGUUACACUAUCCGAAAAAGAUGGAUGGUCGUGAUGUCGGUAUUAAUGAAUGCAUUUCUGACGAUGAUCCUCGUGUCGCCUGGGAGAUUGCUCAUCUUCCAGGCGUUGGGGCCUACGCCAUCGAUAGCUGGCGUAUCUUUUGCCGCGAUGAGCUACGCGGGCUAUCUACGGACUGGAAAGGGGCCGGGGCCGAGGAUGGUUUCACUCCUGAAUGGAAAUCCGUGCAUCCUAUGGACAAAGAACUGCGCGCCUAUCUCACUUGGAUGUGGCUCAAGGAGGGCUGGGUAUGGGAUCGAGAGACCGGGCGGCGACAUCUGGCAGACGACAAGCUGAUGCGCGCCGCACGGAGAGGAGGCAUCGCUCAUGAAGAAGAAGGUCAGUGGGUUUUGGAAACAUCUCCGGUAAAGGCAGCUGGAUUUGCCAAGCGCAUAUUGGAAGAUGAUAUGGCUUAA